UGUUUUGCUCUCAAGGAAACAUUUGAAUGCUAUUAAAGUUAACUUAUAUAAAAUUUAGAUCAAUAAUUUUAAACUUGUUCAAUUUAUGACAUGCUUUAUUUGUUAGACAUUUAAUGAGAGUACACGGUUAACACACGAUAAUUGUGAAAGUGUAAAAAUAGUGAAAUAGAUCGGAUUUUGUUUUGAGGGAAUUAAUAUUAGUUUAAUUACAGUUCAUGUUUCAUAAUUGCAUAGAUUAAGGCUGUGUUUUGUCCUAUAUAGGUGUACAUAUGUCUAGCCCUAGAAAAUAACAAAAUAAGAAAGAAUGUAUUUUUUUCGUAAUAUUUAUAGACCACUAAUCUUUUUGCAAAAUUUCUGAUAACUUACGCUUUUUCAGUUUAUUCCGAAGUAAAUUUCUUCACUAUCUUUGCAUAUAUUUCUGUUUAAAAUACCCAAGCUCAUUUAUGUAAGAAAUUCAAAUAUUAUGUUUUUAGGCUUUUAAACCUCAGUGGAGUCCCUUUAAUGUUGAAAUUGUUGAAAAACAGUCUGAACGAUGGACAUUGCCGACAUUAUUACAAAACUUGAUGGCACUCCGAAAAACAUGUACGAUCUCGGCUUUUAAACCUUAGUGGAGUCCCUUUAAUGUUGAAAUUGUUGAAAAACAGUCUGAACGAUGGACAUUGCCGACAUUAUUACAAAACUUGAUGGCACUCCGAUAAACAUGUACGAUCUCGAUAAGGAUUUUGAUCGGUGGGUACAUACAGAACGAGAAAUUAUAAUUACACAUUGCUCCCCAGAUAGUUUGAUGGCAGAACAAAUGAAAGCAAAAGACACGGUUUAUGCAAUUACACGGUAUGUAAGAGGCAGAGUUCUCCUAUUAGCAAAUGCAAGUUACCAAGCAUUGCGACUUUUUAAAGAUCUUUUCACGCAGAUGAACUAUACUGUCAGAAUUGAAACAGGAAAAUCUGAAGAGGUAACAUAAAUACGCCAUUUAACACUAGAAUACA